UAGAGUUGAAAGAAUGCCACAUAGAAGUGGGAGGGUUGCCAUAUUUACAGCGGUACAAGAAACCCUCAUUGUGGAUAUGGUUCGUGAGAACAACCUCAUCAGACUCCGGGAGAUCAGAGACAAAGUCAUUGCCGAUAAUGUCAACUUUGAGAGCAUUGAUGUCAGCUUGGCCACAAUAGACCGAGUUCUCCGGUGCCAAAAGAUGCGGAUGAAACAGAGGAUAUUACAGUUGGACGCGAUGGCCAGACCACAUGAAUACCUCUUCCUGGAUGAGGCUGGCUUCAACCUGCAGAAACGAAGGCAAAGAGGCCGUAACAUCAUUGGCCAAAGAGCCAUCACUGAGGUUCCUGGCCAACGGGGGGUAAUAUUACUCUUUGUGCGGCCAUGGGUUUGGAGGGGCUUGUCCACCGACAUGCUGUCUUGGGUCUUACAACACGCAACGCCACAGUACUUCAUCCACGUCACAGGCCACAUUUUGUCUGGCCAGGCAACGGGGGAAAAAACCCCUGGCAAAGGGUACUCUGUACAGCUGUUUCAUGCGCAGUCUGCUGCGAUUGAGGACAAGAUCAACAGCAGAGAGGCUGACACUGUUGAUACCCUCAAAAUUGACAUGGUCCUCAAUUAUCUUCUGGUGAAUUUCAUGCAGUUAAAUGGCAUUGUUCUCAUGGACCAUAUCAACAAUUAG